AUGUCUGUUGAAGAGUUUGAAUCCAUCUUAAAAGAAAUCCCCACAUUAAAGGCACCAGGUGUCUCUGGUUCUCGUAUUAAGAGGUUGACUGAUAUUGCUGUCAAGAACGUUGAUCAAGAAUCAAAAAUCAUAACUACGUUAUACGCUAACUGUAAGGCUGUCCCAUCUUCUCAUAAGUUAGGUGUGGUAUAUGUGGUUGAUUCUAUCGUAAGAGGAUACACCACAGAAGCUAAGCAACGUAACCAAGCCAUUAAUUCUCUGGCCCCAGAAGGUAGUUAUGGUGCCGCAGUUUACAAGAUCAGUGAAUUGAUAGAGUCGAUCCUUGAUGAUGCAUUGGAAUUGCAGAUCAGUCAAUCCCAAAUCACUAAGAUUAGUAAGGUGGUUGACAUCUGGGAAAGAGCUGAAACGUUUGACCCAGAAAUCUUGAAAGCAAUCAGAUCAAAGCAUUUUGUCUCUACCACCCCUCCAGGAACUCCUCCAAGAUCCAAGGUUGAGCCAGUCAAGCCUACUGCUGGAUCUGAUCAAGGAUCCAACAGUAUUUUGUCGGCGUUGGCUUCCUUGGCUAAGUCGAAUUCUAGUUCGAACACUCCCACUUCUUCCGCUGCUGAAACAGUUAAGCCAGAGAGUAACGCUAACAACAUUUUGUCCCAGUUAUCUGCCCUCUCUGGUGCCAACAAUGGUUCGGCCCAACCUUCGUAUCCUACUCAAUCCCAGCCACAGGCCCCCAGUGCCCCUGCUGGAAAUGAGCAAUUGAUUUUCAACAUGUUGCAGCAAAUGCAAGGUGGAAACUCUGCUCCUCCAGCUCCUGCUGGCAAUGGUUUGCCUCCACAACCACCAAGACAGGAUUACUCCAACGAUAGACGUGGCCGUGACUCCGGUGCUGAUGCAUAUUCCAGAAGAAACAGAUCUAGAUCUCCUAGACGCGGAGGUGAAAACCAAUAUGGUAGAAGAGACAGAUCUCCACCAAGAAACCAACAGUAUGGUAACUUCCAACAAGGUCUUCCUCAACAAUCUCAACAACAACAAUUCCAACAACAGUUCCAACAACAGUUGCAAAAUGGCGGCUUCAACCCUCAACUCGCUGCUGGCGAAAUGAAUAUCGAAGGUACCCCUCACUACCGUCCAAGAAACGUUGGCUUUGAUCCUACUUUGCCACAAGGUUCUUUCAAGGUCUUGUCAAGAACCUUAUUCAUUGGUGGUGUUCCACGCACCAUGGAUGAACAAGCCUUAUCAUCAGUCUUAAGACCUUAUGCAGAAGUGCAAUCUGUUAUUUUGAACAGUGAAAGAAAACACGCAUUUAUCAAGGUUUACUCUAGAAGGGAAGCCGAACAAGUAAUUACAUCUUUCAACAAGGAUAAUUCAUUGCCAUUAAGAACUCGUUGGGGUGUCGGUUUUGGUCCAAGAGACUGUUGCAACUACCAACACGGUAUUUCGGUUAUUCCAAUCCAGAGAUUGACUGAUGCUGAUAAGACCUGGGUUGUACAGGCACAAUGGGGUGGUACUGGUGGCCAGCCACUUUCUAGUGGUAUGGUGAUUGACGAGCCAGAUAUCGAAAUUGGAGCUGGUAUUUCUUCUAAGGCCAUGUCUAAGAAGAUGCCUACCAACUCCGCCAGAAACGGUCCAAAGUCUAACAAGCCAGGUGAACCUGAUGAGGACUAUGUCAAGACCACCUUGAUUCCUCAACAGAACAUCGCUGCCAACAUGUCGCACGGAAGUCAACCAGAUUUCAGUACAUUCUCGCAGUCAUCUGUGAAUCCAUUGUCUGGAUUGUUUGCCAACUCCAACAAUCCUCCACAACAGCCUCCAGCAGGCUUACCUCCAUACCCAGGUAUGCCAGGACAAGCACCACCAAGUUUCAUGCCCCAAGGACAAGCACCACCAAACUUGAGUGCCCAAUUGGCCAACCUCUUCCAAAAUGGUGGAAUCAAUCCCCAGGGACAAUAA